GACACUGACUUGACAGUGGCGAAUACUGUACGAUCGGAGAUCGUCAGGGCAUGGAGUACAUGUAGGUAUAUCCUAAAGUGUACGAAGAACACUCCCUGAGAAAAAAUAAGGCACCUCUUCAUUGAGAUGAAGCUCGGGUAGCUCCGUUCAGAUUUGUUGCGUCUCGGCAACGCGAGUGUUGGUUAAAAGGGAUGCACAUACCAACCGACCAAUCAACCAACCAACGGGGGCCUGUUUCGUCCCAAUGUGCUCUCGUACGCAGACCCCGCGUAUGUGUACUAUAAAAGCCAAGCGUCAUUCCACAGACAGCAUCAGUUUACCAAUAAACCGACAAACACAAUCCCAUCAACAUGAAGGUCUUCGUUGCUCUUUCUGCCCUUUUGGCCGUCGCCAUUGCUGCCCCCGUCAACCCCUACCACCCCGCUCCUUCUUACAGUCCCGCUCCCUAUCACCCCUCUCCUUCUUACCAUGAGGAGCCCGCCCAUUACAACUACGGGUAUGCUGUCCAUGAUGAUUACACUGGCACCAAUUUUGCCGCCAACGAGGCCCGUGAUGGUUAUUCCACCAAUGGCGAAUACCGCGUUGCCCUGCCCGACGGCCGUACCCAAAUCGUGACCUACACCGUUGCUGAUGACUACUCCGGUUAUGUGGCUGAUGUGAAAUACGAGGGUUAUGCCAAGGAAUAUGAGCCUGCUCCAUAUCACCCCGCCCCUGCCUACAAGCCUGCCCCUUACAAGCCCGCUCCUUAUCACCCCGCCCCAGCUUACAAGCCCGCUCCCUACCACCCCGCCCCAGCUUACAAGCCCGCUCCCUAUCGCGGUUAAGCCAUGUUGCUAGAUUUUGCGCUAAAUUAUUCGUUUAAUUUAAGUCACUAAAUGGCAAUAAACCUCCGUGUUGAAUCGAAAA